AUGGCUCCAUCAACAAUUACCCUACUACAUAGGAUAAAAUUAAUUGUUACUGCUACAAUUAUUAUUUCUCUGAUUAUUUUACCUUCCAGAUCAGAUGAGAAAGAGAUGAAUUUGUCUAGCAAAGAGUUGCUGAGCAAAAAACCGGUGUUGGGUUCUAGACCUCCUAGUUGUGUUAACAAGUGCUUGAAUUGCAAUCCUUGUGUCGCCACACUUGUUGUUCCUCCUCGCCAUCAGAUGACAGAUUUAAUCUCGUUUACAUCAUAUGAUGAUCAUUAUGGGGAUAAUAAUCAUGAUAGUUAUUAUCUUCUAGCAUGGAAAUGCAAAUGUGGAGAUAAGUUAUUUCAACCAUAA